AUGCCAGAGAAUAAUCUGGUGUCUUGCAAUGAUGAUCCCCCCUACCCUCCUCCAACUUUCUCCCCCAAUUUCUUCUAUGCACAUCCGAAGCCAUCUCAGACAGCAAGAUCAAAGACAUUAUCUUUGUCAGCCCCCAACCAACCCGGAAUGCUUUUCCAAACCCCACUUUUGCGAAGGACUGACCAACUCUGCCUAGUCAUUCUGCGCCUCUUACACGUACCCCAGAAACGCCUUGCUGUCACAUUGAUGCACAGCCACGUGGCACUGAAGUUUAAUUCCAACCUUGCGUUAGGUCAGGGUGGAACUUGGGACAGCGACGACGAGUCAAGAAGAAACCGUGUAACGAGUAGUAACUGA